GAAACAUUUUAUAUUGAUCUCUUUUCUAAAUUGCUUAGUAGUCAAUUUCAUAAAAUAUGCCAGGUUACUAUAAAAAUCUUUUAGCUUAUCUAAGCAACAAUUCAAUAGCAAUAACAAACAUUCCUGGUGACAACUGGCGAAGAGAACUCCCACGUUCAGAGUGGCUACAAAUAUCACCAUCAGUAAAUGUCGUUCAUUUCACGAGAUCGACAGAAGAAGAAAGAAGAAUCAUAAGACAAGCCAUUUCAAAAAAAUAAAUAUUGUGAUUUAAAUUCAUGAAUGAAACUUUUUUUAAGAAUUGUAUGACUAUCUACAAAGAUUUGUCUUUAAAAACGAAUAAACUUAUAAAACUAUUUUUAGAAUAAGAAAAAUGUUUGAGUGUUUGACACAAAAUUUAUAGC